UAAUGUUCGGCUCGCUUCGCAUUAUUUCAAUCAUCCGAUUUGCUGCUCUGGAUAUCUCUUUUGUAUCCAUCGUAACUGGCAUAUAUUUCAGAAAGAUGAGGAACCGUAGUUUUCUUGGUAUUGAGAUGGAAAUUUCAUGUUAUGCUAUACUUGUAGCAUUUUGGAUCACUACUUACUUGGAUAUUUCCCUCGCUUGUGAAACAGGUCGUUUUGAAUUCAGAACUUCCUGCUAUUACUUCUCCCAGGGCACAUCCGAUUUCUACUCUUCUAAAUCAUCGUGCGAGGAACUUGGCAUGCGAGUGGUGGAAAUUGAAUCGCAGGAGGAACAAGAUUUCUUGGUGGCGAAGAUCCAAGAGAGUGGUGCAUCUGACGAGGGUUACUGGAUAGGGUUAACUGCGAUAACCUGGCUUGAUGGGACACGCCUGACCUACGAUAAUUUUGGCUCGAUUCAAAAGGGUGCUUUCAACGAAGGUUCGCAAUGCUUUCGGAUAUAUGCGGGAUCAUCCUCAUAUCUUUUCAGGUGGUUCGACGACGAUUGUUCCGACACUAACUAUUAUAUUUGUGAAGCGGAGAAAGCUUGUGAUGAAUUCGAAUCAAGUCACGACCUACAAUUCCACGAAUUCGAAGGGUCUUGCUAUUAUAUAUCUUCAAAUGAGGUCAACUUCUCAACGUCAAUGUCGAACUGUGAAUUCAUCGGCAUGCACCUAGUUUUCAUCGUAUCUCAAAGCGAGCAAGACAGCAUCGUUGGUAUGAUUGAACUCCUUGAUCACGAAUAUCCUAAAGAAUACUGGAUAGGUCUGACAGACUUGGAUUGGAGCGAGGACGGCUCUGGCCUGCCAUAUCAUAAUUUCGACUCCGAUUCCGCGUACUCCUUCAAUAAUGGCAGAGUUUGUUAUCGUAUGGACUCGGACUAUCAAUUCAAGUGGCUUGACGAUGAUUGUCAUGAUGAAUAUUAUUCCAUCUGUGAAAAUAUUAAGGAACAAGAAGCAAGCGAUGACCCCACUACACCAACAACAUCCGCUACAACAGAGAAGGUAACCGCAUCUGAAGCCUCAUCUUCAAGACAACCACUUCGCCAGAAAUCAGCAUAUUUCAAACUUGUAGCUGAUGACACUAAACUCGAGGACGCUUACGUGACCAGUACGCACCAUGCGAUAUCGACCCUCAUCGAAUGUGCUCUCGAGUGCCACAACGACACCACGUGUUCUUGUUUCACCUAUAUUGCUAAAGAGGAGAAAUGCUUAUUGGGCAACUGUAUCGCCGUGUCAAAUCGAGAAAACCGACAGGGAGCUAAAACAUAUUAUUACAUAUAAGCAGUAAAAUUCUAGGACCCGCCACCCCGCUCUCAAUUAAACAUUAACGAGACAACACUCUUAAAAUAUUUUAUGUAUUGGUUAAAUGCCAAGUCGACUCCAACAAAAAUUUUAAGAAAUAA